AUGUCACCUUCACGACAACAAACUAUUCGUAACGAACCAACAAAAGAAACUUAUGAUAGUAUGGAUAUUGACGAACCACAAAAAAAUUUACCAACUUCUCGAAGUUCGACAGCAUAUUCUACUAACACUUCAAGUUCACGCAUGACAACGUCAACAAUACCUUCUCAGGAACAAAAGAGACAAGAACAGCAGCAACAACUUGAUAAAGAAGCAUUCUCAACAGUAUCAAAAGUUGAUCCAGAAGUAGUUUGGGCAGCUGCUCAAUUAUUUAUUUUAUCUAAUCAAGCUAGAAAUAACUAUUUAGUUGAUUCAAAUUCAAAUGUUGUCGAUGUUUCGGCUGCUAAUCGUUCUAGUGCCAUGUCUUUGUCUAAUUUACUUUUACCUGAUGAAGCCAAUUCUUCUUCAAAAGCAACGAAUGAUGCUCCUUCGUUGCGAGAGGAUGGUGUUCAUAAUCGAUUGAGAGAAGGUUUUGUCAAUUAUGGGAUUGGUGUUUGA